AUGAACAAUUAUCAAGAUAAUAGUUAAAAACUCUUCUAUGAAUUAUGGAAAACUGGUAACAGAAUAUUGUGUUCAGGUAAAUUGUUAAUGGGGUAAAAAAUAUUUUUAUGGAAGUUCUGAAAAUCAUAAAUUCAUAGCCUCUAUUGUACUUAUUACAAUACCAACUGUUUUAUACUAUGUAUUCAUGGCACCAGUAAAAUAUUAUUAAUAUUUAGGAAUUGGUUCAAAGAGAUUAAGUUAUUUAGGUUGUCAUCUUUAUAAUCCUGAAUUGUUUAGUUUACAUUUUCAUUACUAUUACAAUUCUAGUUGAUCCAGGAAUCAUACCUAAAAUAGUACUAAUUAAAAUAAUAGAAGACAACAAACUAUGAAAUGGAUGAGCAGCUAAUCUUAAUUCCUCAAAAAUAUUUAAAAGUUGAUCCCUUAGCAUUAUUUGAAUCAAAAACCUUAUAAGUGAAAGGACAUUAAUUUAAAUUGAAGUUUUGUAAUACAUGUAAUAACAAAAUUGAAUACAUUCAGGUGCAAUUUAUAGACCUCCUAGAGCUUCACAUUGUCCAUCUUGUGAUAAUUGUGUUUUAAGAUUUGAUCACCAUUGUCCAUGGAUAGGUGCAUGCAUUGGAAGAAGGAACUAUGUCUAUUUUUAUCUUUUUAUUUUCUUUCUUUCUGUCACAAUGAUUUAUGUUUUUUCUACUUGUCUUGCCUAUCUUUUUGGAGACUUAAAAGAUGAUUAAGAUCAAGGAGAAUAGAUAAUAUCUAAAUUAUCAAGAAAUCCUUAUUCACUAGCCUUAGCAAUUUAUUGUUUAGUUGUAAAUAUUUAAGAAUUAAACAGUUUUCAUUUUUUGUUGUUGGAUUGUGGGGAUUUCAUACAUAUUUAGUUAUAGCAAAUGUGACCACAAAUGAAUAUUUAAAGAAACAUUGGCUUAUUUAAAGUAAGAAUCCUUUUAGAAGGUAAAUCUUAAUUUAUAUUCUAUAGAAAAAACAUAUUUAAAAAUAUUUAGCAUGUAUUAGCUUGUAUAAGAGAUAUCAAAUUUUUAAAGCUUCGUUAAUUCGUUUAUGAUCCAAAAAACUAUAAUUAAGUAUUAUCAAUUUAGUUAUGAAGCCUAUGACAUAAAAUUAAAUAAAUGAAAAUGAGAACUUAAAUAUAGAACCUGAAUAGCAACAUAAUGUUAUAAGAAGAUUAUCAAAAUAGACUGAUGAUCAUGUAGAAGAACAAUGA